AUGAAUGUGACAACUGUGCUCUGCUGUCGCGUAACUCCACUCCAAAAGGCUGCUGUCGUCCAACUCGUCUCCAAUGGCUUAGCCGACUGGCAAGGGGCUCCGGUGACAGCUUCGGUUGGCGAUGGAGGCAAUGAUGUUGCAAUGCUCUUGCAAGCCAGUGUUGGAAUCGGUUUACAUGGCAAUGAAGGUUCCCAAGCUGUCCGAGCUGCUGAUUAUGCUCUUCCCAAAUUCAAGUGA